AUGGAUCAAGAAAAUGGGAGCUCAAGUGGAUCAGAUUCAGCGAUGGAAGUCGAUCAAGAACAACCGUCAACUUCGGGGAUUCGAAAUGAAGAGAAAGAUGAAGCUGUGGAAGACGAAAGUUCUGGACUGAACACCGAGUCGAAUCCUGGCUCGAAUCAAUCAAAAAGUACAACGGAUGAAGCGGAGCCGAGAAGUCCAGAAAAAUCAACGAAGAAGAUCUCUGAAAAGGAAAGUUCGAAAAACGACUCAAGCAGUGCAAGUGACGAAGAUGAAGAUGAGGAAGAAGAGGAGGGAGAAGAGGGGGAAGAAGAGGAGGAAAGUGAUGCAGGGAAUGGAGAUGAAGUGAUCGAGCUGUCAUCGUCAGGCGAAGAAAACGACGAAAGCAAUGAUGACGAAGAUGAGGAUGAAGAUGAGAGUGAAGAUAGAGAAGAAGAAGAUCUAGAAGAUGAAGAAUCUGAUGAGGAAGAUGAAGAAAACGAAGAAGAUGAAUCAACAACAGAUAGUGAAGAUGAAGCGGCAGAAGAGGAAGCGAUGGCACAUGUAUGGGGAACAACUGAAGAUCCGGAGGAGAUUGCGGCAAGGUCUAGGAUCGAGGCUGAGGAGAAUGAGUGUUUCAAGAGUUACACAAAAGCUGUCAAUUUGAUGGAAAGAGGACACAAAAAGACACCAAAGAGGCUAUUUCUAUCUUGCCUCGAAUCACGAGUUCUUUCUCAAUUUAAAGACGCCGACUACGAUUGGGUUUAUACGAGACAGCUUGUGAAUGAUGGAGUUGCUCCAAAAAUGGUGCGCGUUUUUGUCUCGAUACACAAACGAUUGGCCCAGUUGAUUCCAUCGAACGUCGACUAUCAUUAUUUGCAAGUGCUGAACGUGUUUCCAAAGGACACGAAGUUGUGGUUCGUUGUUGGAAUGAAAAUGUUCGAGAAAGGCGAUUUAGAUAUGGCGUUGAAUUGCUUUGAGAAGGUUCAAACGCCCGAGGGAAUCGAUGCCUACUUGAGCACCAACUAUCUCCUUGGAUAUUACAGUGCUUGUCUCCGAAUUUGUCGAGACAUUUUGAUGGUCGAUCCAAAAAACGUCAAGGCGCAUUUUAUUCGCCGAAAAAUCGCAAGCGAAGACGAGUUUUAUAGAAAACAACACAAUCAAAUUUUCGAGAAUGACGAGUUGAGCGAUGUUCGGAUUGAGCAAAGACUUUUGGAUGCGAUGGAAACACGCUUGCAAACUGCAAAAGAGAAAGUUUUCGAGAAGAGGAGAAAAGAAAAAGAAAAGUGGAAAAUCUCUGAGCAACCAGAAGAUAUUCAAUUGGAGAUCGAUGAGGAAAUGGACCUAAUCACCGUGGCGACUCUUUUCUGUGAUCUGUUCGAUCGGAUUGAGGCACACUCAUCGUUAGCCCGUCAACGCCUAAUCUUUCAACCGUGGUGGGAGCGAAGUUUGCGCUACGACAUCGUAGACACCGUCGAUUUUAUGCUAGAUUGUGUCGAAAGUGUUGAUGAGAUUCUUGAUGAGGUUGAUCACAAGGAGUUGAACCCUGAAGAGCUGCCGACUUCCACCAAAUAUAUUCCAAAGAAAUUUCAAAGUCCAAAGAAAAUCUAUUCAAAAGGAAUAGACAUUGUUAGAAGAUCCGCCAGAAAAUGGGAUAUUGAUUCGGCAUCGACGGCUGACGAAGACGGGAUUGAGGAAGGAUUCGUGGAGAAUGAAGAGAGCGAUCAUAUUUUCCCAGCAGCCGUUGGCUUCAAAUCAGGCAAAUACCCACCUCUACGACGAUCGGGCACAAAAAGGAGCUCAAGGACACCGACUCCCGGUAAUGUUCAACCAUUCGACUCUGAUCAAAUGCUGACUGAAGUGAGAGAAGCGCUAAGCAAAAGUCCUCAGGGAAACACGAUAUUUCAAUGCUUUGCGAGUUUACUAAAAAUCCUCACCGAUUUCUGUCCAUCGAGGGGAUGUCUGGCAAAAGAAACGCGCCAUAUUUGGAUUCAGUGUUACAGACGUUUCCUCCGAAUGGGACCUUCUUCAGAGACCGACGAAUAUUUAGCGAUACAUUUACUUUUCUUUGAGCUAGGCGAAUUUGAGGCACAAGGCUUUUGUCAAGAGUAUCUCGUCUCAAAUGCGAAAUGGCCAACAAUUGAGAUGGCGGUGAGGUUCGGAUGGCAAAUGGCGAAGAAAGGAAAUGAAGAGGCAAGACUCGAAAAACUGAAAAUCAUGCAGGAUUUUGUGCCCGACGAGGUCUUCAUCAAUACGUCUACGGGUGGUUUCUCGUUGGCGGACAUUGAUCGAGCGUGUGAGGCGGUGGAAAGAGUUCAUCGAAUCAAUUCAUUGAGAUCAUUGAAAGAAUCCGGACAACAUGAACAAAUUGUGAAAGUGAUCUCUCGAGAUGUCGAUUUCAGUCAAUUGGAUUUGGAGGAUAUCUGGAUUAUGACGGAGUUGUGGAUGGAAUCGCUUCGAAUUUUGCACAAAGAUCAAGAGGCGGUGGUGUUGGCGACAAGACUCUUCACCCUCCACCGCUCAAUUGAACCAUUUUUGCUCUCAAAGGUCAAGGAACUCGUCUUUGAUUUGGAAACGAUUGAAUGGAGCAACGUGGGAGUGACAGAAAGAUCAGCUUUAGGACAUGAGCUAGCUAAUAUCACUAUGAUCACGGAGAUUGUUGGAUGGUGGCCGUUGUGGAAAUUGAUUUACGAGGUGGCAAGAUCGAUUGAAGGUCCAAUCACUGUUGAAAUUGUCGAAGAGAUGUUAUCUCAUGGUGAAGGCGAUGAUGAGCUUCCAUCAAGCGCCUUAUCGAUUCUCAUCAAAGCGCACGAAUUGCUUGGAACAGCGCUUUGUUGUGCACAGAAUAAGGGAGAAUUCCUUGCCUUCUUCAUGAGUCAAUUAUGGAGCGCUUUGUGUGUGCCUGGAGUUCGAGAAUUGCUACAGAAAUCUCGGAACUCGUGGAUGUUGGCAAAUGUUUGCGAAGAAACGGUUCAAUUACUCGCUUGUUCGUUUGGAAAAUAUUCAAAGAAACGGAGAAAUGUUGAAGAGCACGGGAAUGCGCCAAAAUGGGAACCAGAAAAGUUGAAAGAAGUGAGAGAGGCGGCUGUCGGAUUGGCGCUACCGUAUCCAUUGCCGGCUCACGAUGAUCGGGAAAAACUCGGUCAUGACGUCAUUGAGCUCAUUCAAAAUCGACUACCCAGCAUGUUGGAGGUAUCGGAGGAGAGAAACGAGAUCGUCAAGCGAUUCCAGAAAUGGAUAAAAUCGGCAGAAGAAGAAGAAUCACCUCCAUCUUGCUCGGAAAGCUUUCUACAGGCUUCACUGUACUACACGGUGGCUUUGCAUUAUUAUCGACAAAGCAAUCACGUUGAAUCGUCGAAAUGGGCGACUUUAUUCCUCACUUCGGGGCAUGGAAACGAGCGCAAUCCGGUGUCGCAUUGUGCCUGGGCAAUGCUCGCACAUACAACCGUCUAUCGAUUGUUUAAUAUGAGCGACGGAGAGAUGCUGGAGAAUUGGCGCUGGUUGUUGUUGCCUUUCCGGAUCGCAUUGAGACUGAAACCCGAUGAGGGAAUCAUCCAUUUCGAGCACGGGCACUCGUUGUACCAAUUGGGAACUCGGUUGACAAGGUUUUUGAGAAUGUUACCAUCAAAUACUCCACUUGCUCGUCAAGCGAUGCGAGAUGUGACUGAGAUCCGAGCACAAGCGACCACCGCUUUUGAACAGGCGAUCGAGCAACCAUCCGAGCAAAAGUCUGACUACACCUGGGUUUGCUUUCUGUUCUUGGGAAAAUUAGCCGCCAAGGAGAGCAUCGAGAAGAAUAUAUUAAAGGUUCUUGAUUGCUUUUACGAGUCCGCUUGUUCUUUGGAGUUGAAUGGAAGCGCUUAUCCGGCUAAAAUCGCCGUGAAAGCUCAGAAAAACAUCGGUCCUGUCGAGGUUCAUUACCAAAUCUACAACGCCGCGUACAAGUACUUGAAGAGUGAUCACACGCAUUCCCGUGAAAUCCUCAUCGGUUGUGUCUCGUAUUUGAAAGCGAUUCAAGCUCACGGAGUGUGCCGAACGGGAAAUACGUCUUUAUUCAAAACAUUGCCCGAGACUCACCAUAUUGUGCAAGAGUUGAUCGAUCAAGUGGUCAGCGGAGAGCAAAGUAAUGAAGACCUUCGCGGCCCUCUCGAUGAAAUGGUCUCAAAGGUCGAGUUGAUCGAUGAGCUCUGGAAAAUGUGCAAAAAUGGAUUCGAGAUCUGUUUGGAUCGUUUCCCCCAUAUGAAAGCUCAUUACCGAAUGACGCAAAUGAUGCUAGAGAUCGGGAAAGAGAAACAAGCGCACAGUCAUCUCUUUCAUGGAAUUUUCAAGAAAGAGCUUGGUGAAGAGGGGAAUUUCAUUGAGAAUGCCAUCGAAAUCUCAAUGACCGAUUUGUCAAGAUCCGGCUCUUUUUGUUAUCAUGUAGCAAGGGCAUUGAGACUAGCGAUCCGACUCGUUUACAAAAAACAUGACGUCAAUCAGCUCUCAAUCUUUGUUUCAACAAUUGUCGAGUUAAUGCUCGCGAAAGAUUAUGAAUGGAUCACAUUAGCCGAUCAGCGCCAGAUCUUGAAAGAAUGCUGGAAAGCGUUUGAGGCGUGUGUAAGACGAGAAAAAGAGGAACAGAUGAAAAAGCGAGAGGAUGCGGAAAUUGAAGUGAUCAGUGAUGAACCGGUGAAAAUGAAAUGGACAGCGAAAUUGAGAGAAGCAAUGUCCGAUAUUCUCAACUCUUUUGUGAACUUGGAUGAAAACACUUCGACCCCUUUAUCGUCUUGGCUAAACCGACAAGCCACCAAACUAAUCACUGAAGAAUAUGGUGAUGUAGAAAGAUUUGCUGAGGAUUUGGAUAUUGAGGAGAGGCGACAAAGAGAAAGAGAAGCUAUACUUCUUGCAGCGAAACGGAAACGAGCUCACGAAAUGGCAUUGGCUUCUCAGCAGACUCUUGCAAAGUCAAAAUCUGAUUUGGCUCCUCCGCCAGCAAAGAAACCAAUGGAUUUCAUGGAACAAAUGAGUCAAUUGACAGCUUGGGCGCAGAUACAGAAUACAAUUGCUGAAUCAUCAACGAAAUCGAUUUCUUCUGUUUUUUCACAACCCUCCCCUUCAACUGCUUCACCCGACAAAACGCAAAGCUCUACAAUGGCUCUCUUGGCAAAGAUUGCUGCAUCUACAGCUACUUCGAAACCUCAACAACCAGCUCCUGUUUCAAAAGCAGUUCAACAAAUCAAAUUCAAGCCACUAGGAAGUGCUGUAAGCCCAUCUACCUCGACUACAACUAAAAUUGAAUCAGCGCAAACCACUGUGAAUAAAUCGAUGCCGAAUUUGGUUCCAUCUACAAGUAAACCGUUACAAGCUGUGCUCAAGAAACCGCAAAUUGUCGGUGUUGCUGCGGGACAAGUUGCGCAAAAAGAAGUCACCGUUUCGAAGCCAGCAGCAGCUGUUCAGAGGAUCCAAAUCGGACCCACGGUCGUUGAGAGGCCAAAAGUUGGGAGUUCAAUAGGGAUCACUCAAAAACCGGCUACAGAACAACCAGCGACAGCCCCAAAAGCCACCGCUGAUAUGCUGGCGAAAAUGUUGGCUUUGCAGAAACAAAUUGCAGCCGGACAAAUGGCAAAACCGGCUACUGUUACUAGACCUCAAAUACCGAUCAAACCGAGGAAUUUAUUGUCGCCGACUUCUGCCAUACCCCAGAGAAAGAUUGGCCCAAGUCAGUCUCAAAAGCCUUCAACCAGUCAAUUACCCAAGCUUCUCCCUGGAGCUUCGAUCAACGAUAUGCAGAGGUUCCAGGCUUUAAACGAGAUGCAGAGAGCCGAAGUUUUAAGGGGCCUUCUCGCUAGCAAAAACAUCGCGCAACUGGCCGCACUCUCUGAUUGGGCAAACAAGAAUCGGGCUGCUGCAAAACCAGCCACUGCCUUGUCAGCUCCGGGACCUAGCAAACCUGCAAAACCUCAGCUGCCGACUCGGCCCCCAAUCAGCACAGCUCGUCCACCAUCUUCAAAUAUGGGCCGUCCACCCUUCGGCAAACCGCUUGCCCGAGCGGCGCCUCGACCUGGAAAUCCCCCAUCACCGAAAAAACCAAAACCCACCCCCGAUAUUAUCGAUAUCGAU